ACAACUCCGGUCCUUCCUCACAAUGCUAUCAGUCCCUGCAGCAGAACGCAAUCGACAACCAAUCCUAGAAGUGCUACAGCAAGUCCUGCCUAAUGACAAAUCCCUCUUUGCCCUUGAAAUUGCUAGUGGAAGUGGUCAGCACCUGGUUCACUUUGCCCCGCACUUCCCUCAUGUAACGUGGCAGCCAUCAGAUAUUGAACAGUCGUAUCUCAAAAGCAUCAAUGCUUACCAAAAGCAUUCAAACUUGGUGAAUAUCCUUCAACCUGUUCGAAUUGAUGUCUCCAAGUCACCAGUUGAAUGGGCUGUGAGAAUAGAACCUAACACAAUUGAUGUCAUUCUCAACAUCAACAUGAUCCAUAUCACUCCUUGGUAUUGCACUGAAGGACUGUUCAUUGCUGCCGGAUUUCUCUUAUGCCCUCAGGGCAUCCUGGUGACAUAUGGCCCAUAUGCAGUCAAAGGGCAUCUUGAACCAGAAAGCAAUGUUCGAUUUGACUUGAACUUGAAGCGUGAGAAUCCAGAGUAUGGGGUUCGGGACACUGUGGACUUGGAGAGACUUGGGGCGCUCCAUGGUAUCACUUUGGAAAAGGCAAAGGGGAAAAGGAAGAGGAAAUCAUCAUUUGCAUCAUCACUGAAGAAGACUGAUCCAGAGUUCCAUUCCUUUCUCAAAGACAAUGACAAAGAACUCCUUGACUUUGAAGACUUUUCAGCCACAGACUCUGAUGAUGAAGACCAGAAUGAAGGCCCCCCAUCCUACAAAAAGUCCAAAGUGAACCAGAAAAACUUGGACAAGGAAGAUGAUGAUGAGGACGAGAGUGAUAGUGAGAAUGAGGCUGAUGAUGUUGAUGUGGAGGAUGAUGAUGCUGAAGAGGAGGGAUUGGGAGGUGGAACAAUUACAGCACAAUUAGUUCAGACCUGGGCCCAGGAAUUGCAAUCUCAGAUAAGGUUUCUUGUGGGGUUUCGUAACCUGGUGAUGGGCUUGCAAGCUGUUGAACGAACCAUUGGAAGUGGCCAAGCCAAGGGACCAAAGGAAGACCAGGACAAAGAUGAAGAUGAGGAUGGUGAUGCUCCUAUCAAAGCAAAAUACACUAUCAAGAGUGCAGCAGCCUUCAAUGCUGUUCUUCGUCUAUGUGUGAGGGAGUUGAUUCCUCAUCUGAGUACACACCUGAAAUUUCCCCCUGGGAAGACUAUUAAAGUGUCAAUGAUAGCCAAAGCCAAGGGCUGGAACAGAGUGUGUCCCCUCAUCCGAACCUAUGCCAAGACCUACCUAAAGCUGCUAUCAAGUGGUGUGACAGCUGAUAUGCUGAAGGUGUUCCUGAAGCACUGUCAUGAGUUGGUACCAUACAUAAGUGCCACUGGUCGCCGCCUUCUGGUUCGCAGGUACCUACGGACUCUCGUGCGAAUCUGGUCUCGCAGUGAGGAGACCAAUCGUGUCCUUGCCUUUGUUGCCAUUUUUCGUCUCACUCAUGGGUUCAGACCCACUCAGCCAGACAUCCUCGACUUUGUCCUAAAGCAAAUGUACAUGUCAUAUGUGGGAAACAGCAAAUUCACAUCCCCAUCCUCCUGGCCUGGGAUCAAUUUCAUGAGACACUCAUUGAAUGAGUUAUAUGCACUGGAUCCACGUCUUGCAUAUCGUCAUGGUUUUGUGUUCAUCAGGCAGCUGGCCAUUCAUCUUCGGGCUGCACUCAUCAAUCCCAAAAAGGAGACACUGACUGCAGUAACAAACUGGCAGUACAUGCAUUGCUUAUAUUUAUGGGGUGAGCUGAUUGGAAAGCUUCAUCAUGAUGAAUCAGUGAAGACGCUUGUUCAUCCAUUUGUCCAAGUACUGACAAUCGUGGACUUCAACAAGAAGACGGACAAAAAGGCAGGAGGAGGGGUGAUGGUGCCAAUCAACUGGCAUUGUGUUCUCCACCUCUCCCCAUCCCAGAUGAAGACACGGGCAUUUAGAGACGGGCUCCUCGACCAGAUGCAUCUUCACCUUGCCCACUGGUUGGCUAUCCACUCGACAGACCCUGCCUUCCCAGAAAUUGCUUUCCCUGUUUCCCAUCAGAUGAGAUUGUUCCUGAAGGCAUGUCGUGUCAGUACAUACGGGAAGAAACUGAAAGGCCUGCUGAAUGCCUCUGAGGAGUCGAGUGGUUUGGUGAAGGAAGACCGGGCCAAGGUGAAAGUGGGUGAGGGAGAAACCAGGUCAUGGCAAGAAUCCCCUCUGGGCAAAUACUAUCGACAGUGGAAGGCCGCCUCCUCGCACUCUUCCCGAGUCCUGUGAUCCCUUCUCAAUGAAUUUUUUUCGAUAGAGAA